AUGACAUCGCCCCGUGAGCAGCUGACCAAAUUGCAAGGCGAAAUUGCUAAAUUACCGAAAGAGAACCAGCCGGCACUCAACACGAUUUUUGAGAUCCUUACCGCGCUUACCGCGCGAGUUGAGAAACUCGAAUCUGGGAAGUCUCAGGAAGAAAAAGCCGCCGACAAGGAAGAAAAAGCUGAGAAGGCUUCAAGAGUCACCGUGAGUUCAUCGACGUUCACCGCAUUACCAACAUCGUCUGACUUGCCAGAGAUUACUGACAUCACUGUGUUGCAGGGAUGGACGGGGAAGAUGUCUUAUAGAAUGUUGUAUGACUCAUCAAGAGACGGACUGAUUCCGGCUGCUUUCAAUACAACAACAUCAUCCGUCACUAAUAUGAUGACUAUCAUCAUCACCACAGACUCACACAUCUUUGGAACGUUCAACUCAUUUGCUGUCCCACCCCCACCAGUUAAUUCAGACACAGCAUAUAUCGAGAAAGACCCCAACUACUUUGUCUUCACUUUGAAAAACCCACACAACAUCCAACCAACCAAAUUUGGCAGGAAAAAAAUAUCGACUACGCUCAGAAUAUCACCAUCUGACGGGGACGCCGUCAUGGGCGCGUCGGACUGCUUCAGCAUAUUCACCACCAAUUCGUACUUCAUCCCAACGUUUGGGUCGUAUUACUUGGACAGUACUGGAAAGGGAGCGGAUCUUUUUGUUGGAAGCCAUUACCCGACUCGUUUUGUUGUCAAGAGAAUGUAUGCCAUUCAAUGGGUGUAA